CUUGUGAGAUGCGCGAACUGGUUUUGCAAGUGACGUGUGUUGAGUGUAAAAGCCUGUUUUUCUGCUUUUUGGCUCUAUAUCCCUGGUCCAUUCAGUGGCUACCCUACAGAAAAGUACGCCAAAAUGGCCGAUAAAGAAGUGUACGAUGACGCCGUGGAGGAGAGGGUAAUAAAUGAGGAGUACAAGAUCUGGAAGAAAAACACACCAUUCCUGUAUGACCUAGUCAUGACACAUGCGCUCGAGUGGCCAAGUUUAACAGUGCAGUGGCUUCCUGAUGUCAACAGGCCUGAGGGGAAGGACUAUGUGGUUCACCGGCUGGUGUUGGGCACACACACUUCAGACGAGCAAAACCAUCUGGUCAUCGCCAGUGUUCAGAUCCCCAAUGAUGACGCUCAGUUCGACGCUUCCCACUAUGACAGUGAGAAAGGAGCAGGUAUGGUCAGGAUGUUGAGAGGAAAUCCAGAUUCAUUUGAUCAAUAAGAGUGAAUCAUUCCACAAAGAUGUUACAGCUGCAUGUGUUUUCGACAGCUAUGUUUUGUUUAUAUCUGUAUUAAAUGUAUAUAACCAUAUACUGGUGUUCUAGGAAUAGUCAAAUGAAAAAUUACAAUUCUGUUGUCAUUUACUCAUCUUGAAAAUGUGACUGAUGUGCAUGUAUUUUUGUUUACUAACUAUUUCAGAGUUUGGAGGGUUUGGAUCAGUUAGUGGAAAGAUUGAGAUUGAGAUUAAGAUCAACCAUGAAGGAGAAGUGAACAGAGCCAGAUACAUGCCACAAAACCCCUGCAUCAUCGCCACCAAGACCCCUACUUCUGAUGUGCUGGUGUUUGACUACACCAAACACCCAUCCAAACCAGACCCCAGUGGAGACUGUAGUCCAGACCUGAGGCUGCGGGGACAUCAGAAAGAGGGCUAUGGUUUGUCCUGGAACCCCAACCUCAGUGGAAACCUGCUCAGUGCAUCUGACGACCAUACGAUCUGUCUGUGGGACAUCAGUGGUGCACCAAAGGAGGGCAAGAUUGUUGAUGCCAAGACCAUCUUCACAGGGCACACAGCUGUGGUGGAGGAUGUGUCCUGGCACCUUCUACACGAGUCUCUGUUUGGCUCUGUGGCUGAUGACCAGAAACUAAUGAUCUGGGACACACGAUCCAAUAACACCUCAAAGCCCAGUCACUCUGUGGAUGCUCACACAGCCGAAGUCAACUGUCUGUCCUUCAACCCCUACAGCGAAUUUAUCUUGGCCACUGGCUCAGCAGACAAGACUGUUGCAUUGUGGGAUCUGCGUAACCUUAAGCUGAAGCUUCACUCAUUUGAGUCCCAUAAGGAUGAAAUCUUCCAGGUCCAGUGGUCUCCUCAUAACGAAACCAUCCUGGCCUCCAGUGGCACUGACAGACGCCUCAAUGUUUGGGACCUGAGUAAAAUUGGAGAAGAGCAGUCUGCAGAGGACGCAGAGGACGGGCCUCCUGAGCUGCUGUUCAUUCAUGGUGGGCACACAGCUAAGAUCUCUGAUUUUUCCUGGAACCCAAAUGAACCCUGGGUAAUCUGUUCCGUGUCAGAGGACAACAUUAUGCAAGUAUGGCAGAUGGCUGAGAACAUCUACAAUGAUGAAGAGCCAGACACUCCUGCGUCAGAGCUGGAGGGACAGGCGUCAUAACUGAUCUCAUUCUAAAUAUACAACCCCUUCUUACUCUUCACAUUUUGCUUUUCAGUAUUAUCCCGUAAAGUCCAUUUACUCCCCAUUCCAUGCAUUCUGAUACUUCGUCCAUGACAGGGUCCUUCUGUGGACUCUUAUCUAAAAGGUUCACCCAUCAUCCUUAGCAGUAGAGUAAUUUGGUUUGGAUGGUAUGGAAGACUGCACCACUUGUUCAAUCACUUCUGAGAAGUUACGGCCUGGUGUGGCUUAUCACAAAUUUCAGUUUCUCUUUUUUUGUGUGCAUAAACCUGGUGUCAAUUUGCAAUAAAUCUUUUGUAAUAACUUUUAAAAUGAUUUUGUAUUCCAAAAUUGUUGAUAACUGUCUGUACGCCAUUUAAUUCUGAAAAUAAAGUACAGAUGCACUGUU